CAACCCUACGUUUUUUUGUUUCUUUUCUUCCAUCGGUUUGCGAUAAAAAAUUUGCAGUAAAAUCACUUUUUCGUUUGCAUGUGGUUUUAGCAAUAUUAACGUUUGGCUAAAUACUAGUAUUAAGUAGAUAUUUUUAUAAAAUGUCAAAUUCUUGGCUAAAGCGUAAAAAUUGCAUUGUCCUAUAAUAAGGCUAAGCCUUUACGAACAAACAUAAGUCGAAAAUCAGGUUUACACUGUAUAUGAGUGCGCGUGUAUGCUGCUGAACAUCAUAAUCCGCCGCUGAAGUGAAGACGUCUCUUUUAAUCAAAUUUCGCUUUUCUGUGAAUGAGAAUGAAGAUAAUUAAAACUAAAUACGAAACGUUAAGGAGCAGUGUACGUUAAAACCAGCAAACAAAAAAAAGAAGAAAAAUUGGCGAACAAAAAAAUUUCUAAAUAAAGAUAUUAUAUUUUCUGUGAUUUUCCUGCGUUUCACGACAACAGGAAGAAAAAUGUAUCCUUCUCCGUUGCAUUAUUCUACUAUGCGGCCGCAAGCACCUAGUGCUGCUCAGCAACAACACGAUCACAAUGCAGAAGAACUAAGCAAAGCAGAAUGGUAUUGGGGAGAAAUCUCUCGGGAAGAAGUAAAAAAUAUCUUAUCUGGUCAACCGGAUGGUAGCUUUCUUGUGCGAGAUGCCUUAAACAAAAACGGCGAAUAUACCCUAACAUUAAUAAAAGAUGGAACGGAGAAGCUAAUAAAAAUUUGUCAUUUGAAUGGAAAGUAUGGUUUCACAGAUUGUAAAUUUAAUUCAGUAGUAGAAUUGAUUAACUACUAUCGAAUAAAUUCAUUAAAGCUUUAUAACAAAAUGCUUGACAUAACGUUAAGCAAUCCAAUAGUGAAACCAGCGGAAGAAGACGAUCACAGCGAUUUACGUUUUCUUGCCGAUAAGUUUCUCGGUCUGCAUCAUACGUUGAACAAGCAGCAGUACCUAUUAGAUCAAAAAAUGAAAGUAUUUAAAAACGUUGAAGCAGAGUUAAAUGAGAAGAAACAGGAUCAAGAAGUUUUCUUGAAAGCGGAAAAAAUGUUCAAAAACCAAAUCAAGCUAUUGGAAUCGUAUAUUUGUACUGCAGAGCAACCGCAAGUAGGCACAGCUGGUGUAAUAAAUACAAAUGGUGGCGCCAGUGGGGGAAAUGGAAAUUUCGUAGUCCAUCAACAGGAUAAGGAAAAAAUUCUAGCCAAUGCUGGGUUACUUAAAAAGAAACUACAAUCAAUUUGUUCUGAAAUGGGAAAAUUAAACCGCUAUGUCGAAGAUAAAAAAGAAGAAUAUAAACGGCUGGAACGACAAAUCAAUGCAGCGAAACCAGAGUUACAGGAUUUAAGCGCUGAAAAGGAAUUGAUUACAGAACGUCUUAUGGGCGCUGGUAUAAAAGAAGAAGAUAUCACUCAACUCGCCGAAAUGGGUUUCGAAGCUUGGCAAAAAAGAUAUGAGAGUCGGACAAAUCAACCGCAUAAUAACGACUCAUUGUGGUUCCUUCGUGAUUGUUUACGCCAAGAGGCCGAAGAAUUAUUGAAGGGUGCACCCACUGGUACAUUUCUCAUUCGGGCUCGUUCUGCUGGUCAUUACGCCCUUUCCAUUGCCUGCAAGAAUGUUGUUAACCAUUGUAUUAUAUAUGAAACGGAAAGUGGUUUCGGCUUUGCUGCUCCUUAUAAUAUCUACGUUUCCUUGAAUAAAUUGGUAGAACAUUACGCUACUAAUUCACUUGAAGAACAUAACGAUACCCUGACUACAACGUUGCGAAUACCAGUGAAGCAUUGGCAUGCCAAUAAGGAUUUGAUUUUGAAACAACUGGAAGAUGAAGAGCUAGAAUUGGAACAGUUACGCUUAGAAGAUCAGCAACAUGAACUAUUGCCAUCUACUUAUGCCAUUUCAAUACCAGGUAGUGAUGCAUUGGAUGUACAAACACCGCCUUCUUCCCUGCCAUCAUCUUUUCCAAGCGGAAGUUUCGGGGGCGGCGCUGCAGGCAGUAAUCAAAAUCAUGCUCAACCACAGUAGUAAACAUUAGUUAUCGAAUUUUAACAGUGUUAAAAGUUAUCAACACAAGGUCACUUUUCAAAGAGCUUCCACUGGUAGCCAUAGGGCCGCAAACAAUUUAAAUACAAAAACCAGUUAAAUUUAAGUGCUGUAAAUAGAACUGUUACUUUUGGGCACAGCAUUUGUGAUGGGAUGAUGUUGCAAUUUUAUUGCAUGUCUUAGAUUGAACAAACAUGACAAUGGCUGUGAUAAUCCCAGCAUGAUACAAGUUUGAUAGCAAAUUGAAUUUGAACAAUACCACCUUAAUUCUAUAGAAAUUAAGAGGUAAUAUCUUUAGGAUACUUUUCUAACUGAGAAACACCGUAUACCAUUAUAUUUUGAAUUGUGUUUUAGCAGCCGUUGUCAUGGUGGGUGUGUCUUACAGUGAUCAUCGAAUUAUAGAAAUUAUUAUGCAGCAGUAAUUGUGAACAAACUUUAUUAAAGGGAUGAU